UGGCAAGGACAUUCUCUUCGUCAUGCACCUUUCUCUCUCCUCUUCCUCUUCGGGCAUGGGCAUGGCAAACCUACGUGGAUCGAGGGGUGAGAUACACUGGCAGCCCGUGGGACUCAACCCCUGCAUUGCACGCGGACGCCUUGGAAUCGCCAUGCGUAGAAGCGCAGGGGCUGUGGUGCUUGAAUAGCAGGAGAUGUUGUUUGGAAGCGCGGUUGGAUUCGGGGUAGCAGUAUGGUCCACAAACCACGUAGUUUCCACAGCGCCGUUUCAUCCGAAGAAGAACGCGUUUGAGAGCUGGGGCUUUUUUUUGCGGUCCCGCGCCGUGGUGGGCGUACCACUACCAGAUUCUCCCGUGCCCCGGUUACUGCACCAGGCAAGACGAAGUUGAAUUCUUCUUUUUCCGCCGCGGUUCGUUUCUCUUCUCAUUCUUCUGGCGUGGCGUCGUACUAAGGCUCUCCCCUCCGCUGUCCUGUCCUGGAUGGGACGGUCGUGAUGUGGGAGGAGCUGUAGCGGAAUCAGAUCAGACAACGUGGAGCCGGCGUUGCUACGUUGGCAAGAGUCUAAUAUCCCCUCGGACUCGGAUUGGAAGAGUGACGACAAGAAAAAUCAACGUGAACGUGUUCGCCGACGAGCACAGGGGGGGGAGGUAUCGGCGCUACGGGUGGUCGUCAAACAGAAAGAGGGGGCGUACGUAAGGAAAGGAGGCAGACAGAAAGAGACGGAUGAAUGGGAAUGAUGGAGCAAUUAGUAAUUAGCGUUUCUUUUUGAAUCAACGGCGCUGCUUUUCUCGGCGUGGACGUUGGUGAGGGUGGAAUUCCAGUUGAAGGAAUUCGGAUAUGGCAGUGCAAGCCGGGAUGGCGGGAUCAAAGCUUAUUAUUCUAGCCCUUGGGGCAGGUGUUACGGGUUCGAUGAUAAUGAAUGGAGGCACCAGCAUAUCUGAGAUUGUUGCCGACAUUGUAAAGGUCCUUAUGAAACACCUAAGGGAAAAGGGCGAGAUCAAUGUUGAGGUGGGGGGCCAAGUACAGGACCAGCUUACGGCACAGCUGACGCAGCAGGUGCGCAGACUGACACAGGAGAUGAGACAGCUUGCAGCAGCAACAAGUCGGAACGUCACUGUUGUACAUGCCUCGCAUGGAGCAGCUGGAAGCUUACUCUCAUACUCGGUCCCGUUGGCUGUCAUUGGUGCUGGCACAUAUGCCUACCUUCGGUGGAAGGGCUUUUGCUUUGGUGAUCUGAUGUAUGUUACAAAACGCAGCAUGUCAAAUGCAGUUUCGAGUUUCACAAAACAGCUGGAGAGUGUUACUGCAGCUUUGCAGGCCACUAAGCGCCAACUCACUGCCAAACUAGAAGAUGUAAACAAGACUUUGGAUGAGAGUAUGGAAGUGCAGUGCAUCAUCAAGGAACAGGUCAUGGAGGUGCGCAGUGACUUGGAUAGAUUUGGAAGGGAGAUAGAGAGUGUACAUCAGCUUGUGGAGGGGCUGGAACUCAAGCUUGAUGAAGUGACAGGAAAACAGGAUUUUGCAAACAAGGGUAUCGUGUUUCUCUGCAGUUUUGUUUCACAGGGGUUGGAAGGCGGCAAUUAUCGACCUGAAACAAUUCAGAGUGUGAAGAAUGUAUCUCAGGCAAGACUGGAGCGAUCAACAAGAAGUACUCCUCAACUUACUGGUCGUCAGGGCUUGCAGGUCCUCACAGAAUUUCUCGUGAAGGAGCUGCCCCCCAGCAAGGGAACAGCCCAAUCAUCCCCUUUGAGGAUAGCAGGACCUCCUGAAAGGAGUAUCUCAGACAAGAUUAUUUCGGACAACAAAGAUUGAAAGAAACUCUGCGUCGGAGCAUGAGAGAAUUCACCCCGUAUCGAGUGGGCUAGCGGACGAUCACCUUCCGUGGCAACAUCCAUGCGGCAGCUUGACGACAGUGUGCGUAUCCUUUUCAGUCGUGUUGCACAGAUGUAUUGCAAUCAGCUGAAGGAGGCUGUCUGGCUACGCGUGGAGUUCUUCUCCACUGUGAUUAUAGUGCACGUUUUUCAAGGCGUUAGUGAUUGAUUGUCGGUGAAGUUUGGGAACUAUGAACGAGUAAUCGGCAAUGCUUGUUAUGUUCUUUUCCUUGAAGAUGUUGGCAGCCCUGUGUGUGGACAAACUUCUCAGCCCGGCGGUAUAGGAAUGGUGUUCUGACAGGGAGGGGUCUUUCCGGCUGAAGCGCUGAGCAGUGCCCACAGACGUACGCCGAAAGGAGCAGAACCCUCAGGUCAGCUGACCUUAUAUGGACUGAACCCUGAGGUUUCCAUUGUUCUGGCAAAAAAAAUGCUAACCCAAGGGUCCAAAGACUCCGAACCCUGAGCGCGCUCAGCUGUCCUUCCAACUUUGUUCUUACAGCGGUCGGCUCAUUCAGUUCUCUCUCAAGUGGUCUCUCAAAAGUUGGUUGCUGUUCCAGCUGCUUCCCUCUCAGUCUAGCAACAUGUGUCGCUACGUGGUUGUCGUAUUCUCUUCUUUCAGCGAAGCUCAUGGUGCAGCUGCUUCCCUCUCAGUCCAGCAACAUGUGUCGUUUCGGGGCGAGAGGAUUCAGAAAGUUCGAGGUAUUUUCACUUAGAAGUCACCCUUCAUGCUCCAAUGUCAGUGUGUUCCCCUGUUCUGCCCUUGCUGUCACUUUCUUUCACCUACCGACUCGGCUCUUUGCUGAAUCGUUUUGUGGACAAGGCUGCUUCUUCACAAGGAAGGCGCACAGAAGUGUCGGAGAAGACCACUGUAGCAUGUCAGCAACAUUACGCUCUUGUCUAUCGAAGUGCUGUUUUUCUACUCCAGGGAAGGCGCUUCGAUUUGUUUGUGUGCAUGAAUCAAUGUUGUCACAGGUUUGUGUGUGUGCCCCUGACAACACACGCUGAACGUCUGCUGCAUAUGCCGAUGCAACUCUGUGGAUACCGUGCUUCUGCUCAUUCCUGUCCUGUGCCAUCCGCAGACCAGCGAUGAUGUUGUGCCACACUCGCUCCAUCUGCACCCGCUGUGCAGUGAUCCCCUCUCAUUCAGUAGAAGAGUUGUCAGCGGAUUGUCGCAGAUCUUUGUUCCCAAGCAACGGUUCCAUCUCAUCCUCUUAUCAGAUUCUUUGUUCAUUGGGAUGUUCGCUGUCAGUUUCGUCCCCAACCUACUUCUAUCGUGGACAUGCGCUGCACUCCAGGGUAGUCGGGUAGUUGAUGUCUCUGGUUGCUGGUCCACCCUCUUCUCAACACUCUGCUUGAUGAUCUGGACCUUGGAGGGGUGGGGCUGCUGACCGUUAGUAUAUAGUUGGUAUGAGCUCUCCGGAGUUAUCAGCCUGUUGUCCCCGGUGUACCUUCGGUCCGUUGAAUGUGGUCCCCUUGCUAUGGAACCACCGGAUCACUAUCAGUCGUUGGCAGGCAGGGCGUUUCAGCAGCGGUAUUAUGCUGCUCCUCGAUGACACACAUCUUCGACCAGCGACGAUGGGCUGCUCCAUACAAAUACUACCUGCGCAGGACAAUUUCUGGUUUGACUCCACAAUUCAUGCAUCAUGUGAUGCUAUCGGUGCAUCAGGGGAACUCAGAAAGCGAAACACAAACAUGAUCUGAAGGGAAGGACGAUCCUAUGUCCGGAAUUUCUUCUGUUUUUUGUAUUGUUCUUGUUGUUGUUGUUGUCAUCGUUGUUGUUGUUGUUGUUUUUGCUGCUGCUGCUGCUGCUGCUGCUGUGUUUGUCAGAGUUACGCCAGAGUCCAAACACUUAUUUUGCUAUCUCAUGUAUGGCAUUGCUGCCUGUGCCUUGUCGUGGUUAUGCCUUGGUUUGUCGUUAAACAACAUGUAGGAUUAUGCGUGCAUGCGUCCCUACCUACCUACCUGUCAGAGAGCCUGGCAAUGGACAUAGUUGUUAUUAACUUGUUAAGUUGUCUAUUGCAAAGCACACAGCCAAAGAGACUGGAACACAUUACCUGAAAAGGAAGGGGACAGGUGGGGGAUAUAGUUCGUGGGGUUGGGAUGGGGGGGGAUCUUUAUUCCAAAAAGUCCGACCACAGACUAUUAUCCGUUUGUGUUUACAUGAAACUGAAGCAGCUUGAAAUGUUAAUACAGUGAUUGGUACGAAGUACCACGAACUAGU